AUAUAACUUCAGUAAUGAGUAUACCAAAUCCAAUAUUAGUAUUCUAUCAAAACAAAACAAAAAAGUUGGAAUAUUAUUAUUAAGAUCAGAUUAUACCUUGUUAUAAAGGUAAAAUCAGCAAGUCAGCACACCCAACAUUAUCAAAGAUACUAAAUCCAUACGUUAUUUACAUACAUCGGGUGGAUUAACAACAAGAAAAUCGACAGUGGGAAGAAAAUGAAGCAGCAGAUUACAAUACCAUUUGAGUGGGAAGAAACACCGGGUGAACCCAAGCAGAAUUGGAAGCCAAAGCGGAAUCAUGAGCCUAUAAAUUCUGUUUCCCUCCCUGUUAAGUAUGUUGCUUCUGUUCCUUUCAUAUGGGAGGAGAAACCCGGGACUCCACUUGGGUGUUUUGCUCGUGGAUCCAAGAAACUUAGAACUCAAGAAAAUAAGAUAUUACCUUUACCUCCUGCAUACUUUCACAAGUAUGAGGACGAAAGCGAUGAUCAGGAUUGGAUGUCGGAACUGGAAUUUGAUGAUACUACGAGUGACCAGUCGGAGGAGUCCUUUUGUUUGGCCCCUGCUCUUGUGUAUGAUCCAUUGCAGAGUGGUGUGUAUAAUCCAUUGGAGGUUCCAUUGUCGUCAGAAAGUGACCGGAAUUUGAUAAAUUAUGCAACAGGAAAUCCAAGCUUGAAGGGUACUGCUUUCUUGGAACACCUGUUUCCAUUGUAUCCAUACUAUUCCGGAAUACAUGAACAAGUAAAGAAAACAAAAGUCCAUGAAAGAAAACAAGCACAUAACAUUGGUGAUGGCAGACGAAUUGGCACUAUUAGGAAGCCAUUGAGCCUGGCACAGCUGAUAAUGCAGAGUCGAAAACGAAGUUAUCGCAUAAAGGCAGUUAACAUUAAGAAACGCAAUCAGGAAAAGGAAUUGACAAAGAGCAAACCUCAAGGAUGCUUUAAUAUUGUGGCCAGUGGUGGAAGACUUGCAAAAAUACUGAGAAAAGACUUUCUGACAUUAAAACUCUCAUAAAAGAGCAUUAGACAGGAUUGGUUUGUAUGAAAGCUUUUUUCUGUGCAUUUAAUUAUAGAUGGCGACUUUCUUGUGAUGACGGAUUUGAUCUGUCUUCUAUUUACCCUUCCCAGAUCGGGCUAUUCCUAUAUGGGCGUGAUUUAGUGGUUUGAUGAAGAUUAGGAGUGAAUUAUUCAAUGUCUUCAUAUCUUUUCUUUUAACCAAGUUCCACCAAAGAUUAUCCAAAUUUGUUAAAAUUGGUGUAUUAUGCUUGGCCAAAAAUAUAAACAAAAUUUUUGUCCUCUUAUAUUGUGUACUUCGCACUAAAUGAUGCUUAAUCGACAUUGCUUCUGGACUUGGAUGAUUCAUUUAGGGUAUGUGGAUUGUGGAAUCUUAACUCGAUAGUCGAAAGUACUAAAACUCAACACACAUUAGCUCGGUGAAAAACGGUACUCUCAAUGCUGCAGAAUGAAGUUUCUGCCUUUUCUCUGUUAUUGGAUAUUUAUAGUAGUAGGACAACCCUAAGUAAUAUGAGCUGGGCCCCAUUUAAUAAACAAUUCAAUAUAUAAAAUAUAUACACUAGGCUAUACUAGGCUUAAUACCAUCCCUCAAGUUGGAGCAUGUAGAUCACAAAUGUCCAGCUUGCGAAAAAGAUAUAAAAAAUGUUGGGUCAGUAAGGCUUUAGUAAAGAUGUCCGCACAUUGAUCAUAGGUAGAGACAUGGGAAGGUGCAAUGGGUCCAUUGCGAAUAGUCUCUAACAAAGUGACAGUCUACCUCGAUGUGCUUAAUGCGCUCAUGAAACACAGGAUUAUGCGCAAUAUAUAGAGCAGAUUGGUUGUUGCAGUAAAAGGACAUAGGACUGGUGGAAAUGACACCAAGAUAAAACAGAAGCGUGCAUAGCCAUUUCAAUUCAGCAGUGAGAGCAGCCAUAGAUAAGUACUCAGCUUGAUCAGCGGGAGAACGAGAAACAUUGUGUUGUUUCUUGGUUUUCUAAGAGAUAGGAGAAGAACCAAAAAAGACUACCCAACCUGUGAGAGAGCGGUGUGUCGUGGGGCAGCUAGCUCAAUUAGAAUUACACCAACGGGUCAUCGAACGAUCAGAGUGAGAGGACAAAAGAAUGCCUCAUCCUGGAGUGCCUUUGAGAUAACGAACAAUGCGAAGAGCAGCAUCCUAGAGAUUUGUUUGAGGAUAAUGCAUGAAUUGGGAGAGAAUGUUUACAAAAUAGGCAAGAUCGGGUCGGGUAAAGGAUAGGUAAAUAAGACAUCCCCUAAGGCGUCCGAAUUUUUACAGAUCAUUUAGAAAAGAACCAGAAGCACGAGCAAGAGCAUGGUUUUGUUCGAUAGCCAUAGAAGCAAGACGAGAGCCUAGGAGACCAGUUUUGGUGAGUAUAUCAAGUGUGUAUGUCGUUGACACAAGAAAAAACCAUUAGUACCUCUGGCAACCUCAACCCUAAGAAAGUACUAAAGAACACCCAAAUCCUUUAUAUGAAAACACGAGUCCAAGUAACUUUUGAAAGUCGUAAUAGUAGGAGGCUGGUUACUACAAACGAUUAGA